AUGAAACUCCUCACCUGGGCUGCCCUCACGGCAGCCCUCUUCCCCCUCGCCCAUGCCCUCGGCCAAGAACGCAUCAUCUCGACGGACCCCAAAGGCUCGGUCCUUCAACUCGCCGGAGGCCGAAUCAAGCGCGGACAAAUUCUCGUGUCGCCUAACGACUACUGGGGCGUGAUCCGCGCGGCGGGGGACCUCGCUCUGGACUUUGGACGCGUCACUGGUGUCAAUUAUACGUUGAGCAACGGCCAGAGGGGAAGCCGACCGGCCGUGUAUACGUAUAGGCCGGUGGAUAAUACAGAUAAUGUCAACUAUAAAACGACCGGCGUAGCGAACUUCACCGGCCCCGCGUACAGCGACCCCUCCCCCGCCGACACAGUCAUCAUCGCGGGCACCAUCGGCAACAGCACCCUCAUCGACAAGCUCAUCUCCUCCAAACUCCUCGACGUCUCCGCCAUCCGCGGAAAAUGGGAGUCCUUCACCUCCCAGGUGAUCACAUCCCCGAUCCCAGGCUGUCCCAAAGCCCUCGUCAUAGCCGGCAGCGACCCUCGCGGCACCAUCUACGGCAUCUACGAUAUCAGCGAACAAAUCGGAGUCUCGCCGUGGUACUUCUGGGCCGAUUCUCCUGUGCGCAAGUCCAAGAAUCUGUACGUGACGAAACAGAAAAAGGUGCAGGGUCCCCCGAGCGUCAAGUACCGCGGCCUCUUCCUCAACGACGAGCAGCCUGCUCUCACGAACUGGGUCGCCUCCCGCUGGAAGGAUACUCCCUACGGACCCGGGUAUGGAGCAGAGUUUUAUUCUCUCGUGUUCGAGUUGAUUCUGAGGUUGAGGGCGAAUUACCUCUGGCCGGCUAUCUGGGCGACCAUGUUUGAGGUGGACGAUCCGCGGAACCAGCCGCUGGCGGACGCGUAUGAGGUUGUCAUCGGCAGCUCGCACACCGAGCCGCUGAUGCGAGCGCAGAACGAGUUUGGCAAGUUUUACGAGGGCCCGUGGGCGUAUAAUCUCAACAAUAAGACCAUCGACGAGUAUUUUCGGUAUGGCGUGCAGCGUGCAAAGCCCUACGCCAGGAACUCGCUCUGGACGAUGGGCAUGCGCGGGACGGGCGAUACGGCGAUCGAGGGGUUGGGCGUUGAGCAUAUCGUCAGCAUGCUGAACACUCUCGUCCAAAACCAGCGGCAGAUCAUCUCCGAAGGCCUCGACGGCGUGGACAUCACCACCGUCCCGCAGAUGUGGUGUCUCUACAAGGAGGUCAUGACCUACCUCUUCUACGGGCUCCAGGUCCCAGACGACGUGACGCUGCUCUGGGCGGACGAUAACGCGGGGAAUGUCCGCCGGCUGCCGCUGAAGAGCGAGCAAGGUCGGGCCGGCGGCGCCGGCGUGUACUACCACUUCGACUACGUCGGUGGCCCGCGGAACUACAAGUGGAUCAACACGGUUCAGCUAAGCAAAACCACGGAGCAGAUGCACUUGUCGUAUGCGCGGGGCGCGGAUCGGAUCUGGAUCGUGAACGUCGGCGAUCUGAAGGCGCUCGAGAUCCCGAUCAACCACUACUUCGACCUGGCGUAUGAUAUCCGCCGCUGGGGUCUGGACAGCACGUUCGACUGGGCGAAAGCCUACGCAGAACGCGAGUUCGGCGCGCAGUUCGCGGCAGACAUCGCCGACGUGAUGAUGAAAUACGCCAUGUACGCCGGCCGCAGACGCUUCGAGCUCCUCGAGCCGCACGUGUACUCGGUGAUCAACUACAACGAGGCGGACGCCAUCCUCCAGCAGUGGGCCGAGCUGUCUGCCAAAGCGCAAGCUAUCUACGACAGACUCCCCGCCGACGCGAAGCCAUCUUUCUUUCAGACCGUCCUGCAUCCUGCCCUAGCCGGGGAAAUCGUCCACAAAAUCCAGAUCGGCGCCGCGAAGAAUAGGUUGUAUGCCGGGCAGUGGAGGAAUGCGGCCAAUAAGCAGAUCCAGGAGGUGUUGACGCUCUCCGCGGCCGACGCAAACCUCACCAAGCGUUGGGAUGCCCUGCUAGACGGCAAAUGGAAGCACUUUAUGGAUCAGACACAUCUCGGGUACGACGGCUACUGGCAGCAGCCGAUGCGGAAUGCCCUCCCCCCGUUAGUGUACGUCCAGCCCGACUUCGUCGCCUUGUCGGGGGAAGUCGGGUUCGGCGUCGAAGCAAACAAUGGCACCGUCCCCGGCGAUGAUCGGUAUCACCCGAACAGCGGCGCAUCGCUCACCCUCCCCCCGCUCGACCCGUACGGUCCGGUAACGCGGUACUUCGACGUCUUCUCGCGGGGCGUGCGCGAAUGCACCUGGAAGGCGGCCGUCGCCCAGCCGUGGGUCAAGUUAUCUCGCGCCGAAGGCCGCGUCGGGCCUAACCUGGCUGACCAGCGCGUGUAUGUGUCGAUCGACUGGUCUCGCGCGCCAAAAGCCCCCUUCGAGCAGACCAUUGCCAUCAACGUCAGCUCUCCGUGCCGGGACAUGGACAGAUACGGCUUCCCCGAGCCGGUGCUGUACCUGCCCGUGCAGAACCGGGUCGUUCCCUCAAGUUUCAAGAAGGGGUUUGUCGAGAGCGACAAGCACGUGUCUAUGCUGGGUGCGCACUACAGUCGGAUUAUUCCUCCGAAGGAGAGGACUGCUGAGAACGUGAAUGUCACGUACCACAUCUUCGAGCACUACGGCCGGACGUCGUCUGCCGUUGGGCUGGUGCCGCUCACUACCGAGAAACUGACGGUUGACACCGCCCCCGGCCUGGAAUACGAUCUGUAUCUCUGGACCAACACCUCGUCCGCCAAGGUCACAGUGUUCAUCUCCCCGAGCCUAAACUACCUAGGGGACGACACUCCCUUGGAAUACGCCAUCUCCUUGGCUCCUGCUUCUUCCUCGUCCUCUUAUGACAUAAAAUCUGUUCGGCCCGUCGGUCCCACCGUCGGAACCGGGAUGCCAGCGGGCUGGGACGGCGCGGUAGCCGACAACGUGUGGGGUCGGCAUGAAAACUACACGGUGAGCACGUUUGCGGUUCCGGAGGCGGGAGCCUACAAGUUGCGGCUGUGGGCUUUAAUGCCGAGUAUCUUGGUGCAGAAGAUUGUUAUUGAUUUGGGCGGGGCGAGACAGAGUUAUCUAGGGCCGCCGGAGAGUUUUCUCGUGGGGAGAGAUGCUGUUGGUGGGCGGAGGAAUGCGACGAGCUUUUUGAAUGAGGUUGGGACGGUUGGGGGGUGGUCUUCUAAGAAGAAUUGA